UAGAAAUUGAUGAAAUUUAAAUAAAAAUCACGUGACUAUAAACGCGCUAUGAAUGAUCACCAUAGUUGUGACAUCAUAAUAUUAAAGCUAUUUAAUAACAGUACAGCGUACAGUACAGUAUUGAAAAUUUAUUGGUAAAUACCGGUUUGUUAGUUGGUUCCGAUUAGCUAUGUAUGAUAAAGGAUUUAUUAAGGCAAAGUCUGAUAAUAUUCCUGAAGUUGAUAUAUUUAUGAUCACCGAUUUUUUUUUAAAUGACGUUCGGUUUAAUUCUGCUGAAGUUCGAGUUGCCAAGGUAUCAAGGUCAUCGAGGGAGAGUUACGGCAACAAAGCUAUAGGUUAUGUUCAACUAAGUCGUAAAAAUAUUAUUUGUACCAUUUAUUUAGACGUUUGUCAUCUUGGGGAACAUUUAAAACAUUUUGUCAGGAGUUGUUUUUGUAGUAUUCGUACAUAAUGGUAAAAAACAAGAACGAUAACUUUUGAGGUUCGACAUUUUUAAUAUAAAUUUAAAUAUUUAACAAUGACAACAAAAUUAAAUAUUGAUCUAUUUCACACUGUAUUUAUUAUUUUUCUAUAAACUGCAAUGAGUGAAAACUAACAUGACGUCACACGCGCUCGGGUUUGUUCGGCGUGUUUCCGGCACUGGAUUAAAAAAAUAUUUUUUCUUUGAAAUAACUUUUGAAUUAUUGCGAAAAAAAAUAGUUUUGUUAUAAAACUUAUAUAUGAUCUUUCCAUUUAUCACAAAAAAAUUUUUUUUUUUUAAAAACAAAGAUUGUUCUUUUGUGCACAUCUGAUUUUAUAAUACAAAUAUUCUGAGAUUUAUAUUACUAUUGGAAUUUGAUUCAAAUCUCUAGAAUAAAGCCGGCAAAUUGUAAGUGCCUUAUUCUGAGAAAGGCAUUCACGUGCCAUUAUCUUUUUGAACAUAACCUUGUUUGUUCGUUUCAGCUUAUUGACGUCCUCUGCUAGGCCUCUCCCCUAAGCUGGUCGUUGGCUUCCAUUCCAGGACUUUUUUGUCCCAUAAGCGAUCCGUUGUGCCCAUUGCCAUUUAAGCUUUGGCUAUGUAACUUUAUUUCUUCUACAAAUCUCUUUAUUUCUAAUUCAAUCGCAUAGAGAAACACAGAGCAUAGCCCCCUUCAUAGCUUGAAGUAGAAGACCAAGAGCUCAGAGCCGUAAGUCAUCACUGGUAGAGCGCAGUGUUCGAAGACUUUUGACGUUAAGCAUUGAGGGAACGAAAUCACUGAACACGUAGUUUUCUAUUUACGAGAGAACAUAGUUUUCUAAGUAUAUGGCGGAGUUUUCGAUUGAUCUCCUUGUAAAAGUUGGAUUUACCUAAUUGAAGUGUCCUUUCCUUCUCCUGGGCUGAUUUUUAUUGUGAAAAAUUAUCAAAAUUUUCUGUAACCAAUAUUUUGCAUAACAAACAGACAAGUUAAAGAUUAUGGCGCGUUACUCUCGUAGUAAAACACUUUUGAUUGUUAUUAUGGUAUUUUUGGCGAAUCCCUUUGAAUGUUACAUUACAAAGAUGGGCUCAGGGAUGGAGCAUCGAAUCUCGAAUAUACAGGUGUUGUGAGCAUGCUUACAACUAACAAAUAGUCAUGCGAAUAUUCACAUCGAGCGAAAAUUCGAUGUCAGUCUCCACCUUAAAGGUCGAUUUACAUCAAACGAACAUAGAGCUAGAGCUAGAACAAGAGCAUUCUUUCGUAAUCUUUUAGUGUAAACGAAAACUAGAGGUAUCGAUUUACAUCAAACGAACAUAGAGCUAGAGCUAGAACACAAGAACGCUUUGAAAAGACCGCUCAGUGGCGCGAGCACGUCCGAACACACUAGAACGCUCUAAGCAACUGUUCGCGCGCUCUUGCGCCGUUUACAUCAAGCGAACGAGCAUUCUUAGAAUAUUCUAUAGAAUCUUUGCGAACGCACUAAGAACAACGAAAGAAUGCUCUACGCCUGUUUACACUAGAAGAAUUUGAUGUAGUGGGGAUAGAAUGAGCAUUCGCUCGUUUGAUGUAAAUCGACCUU